AUGGUAUCAUUAUUACGAUCAUCGCGUCUUUCUUUUUUCCUCCUCGUGUGUUUUUGUCUUGAAUUCCUUCUUUCUCCUGUCCUCGCCGGUGGUCACGGAAAUUCCGCGUUAUAUCACGAACUGAAACGGACGUACGGUUUCGGGAACAAAGAACCAGACGCGGUGCACGAUAAACCUCCGGAACCGGAGGUUAGGAAACCAGCGAAUUUGCACGAAGUCGGGAAAGAUUUAGACCACGAAAAGUUAAAGGAAGAGUUUGAGUUGUUUCCGGAGCAUCACAAAAUCGAUAACGCGGUUCACUGGUCGGGGAUAACCGCGUUGAAACAAGGGAUAAAACUCGGGAACAACACGUACGUGCAAACGACUUUAGACUUAGGAGCAAACGUGAACAUGACGUUGAAAGGUUCGAGACCGAUCCAUUUUAGCGCCGCACACUGUCCUUUCCGCGAGCAAGUGCAGAUUGGGAAGACGUUAGUCGAGCACGGUGCGAGCGUCGUGGAUGUCAACGAAGACGGGUAUCAACCCAUUCACUUCGCUUCGAGGAUGUGGCAACCGUUAUGUAUAAACUACGUCGAAUGGUUGCUACGAAACGAAAGCGUUGACGUGAACGAGCGACGCUCGAUGGGUAACGAGACGACGCCGUUGCACGAAGCAGCGUUACGAUCUUCGCUGAAAAUGGUCCAGAUGUUAGUAGAGAAAGGCGCGGUGGUUGACGCCUUGGAUACCGACGGCGAUACCGCUUUGCAUAAAGCGGUAAAAGGAGAUCACUUGCCGGCCAUGCAUCACUUGUUGAAGAGCGGUGCAAAUCCCCACUUGAAGAAUAAACGAAACGUAUCGCCGUUCGAGUUGGCGCAGAAAAUGAAAAAGGAUUUUGACACGAUGCAAGUAUUUAAGAAAGAUUACGGUUGGAAACACGAUGCAGGACUCGCGCACACCGAGUUGUAA